GCAUUCCUGCUCUGCACCUCUGUGUGUGUGCCUGUGAAAAGAGAACGAGGGGCCCUCACAGCUAAUUGGCAGGGAGAGUGACAAAGGUGGUCCCCUUCAAAAGAGAAACCCCACAGAUAUGUUAACACAGGAGUGGAGGAGGAGGGGAGUGAGGACCUUCAGGGGUGUUGAAGCCUGCAAAAGACUUUGAGUUUUCUUUUUAAAAGUUCUAUGCUGAGCUAGGGUGACAGUGGUGGCUGCUGAUUUUUAGUGUUGGCUGACUUUGUAAAUGAGGAAAUGUGAAUCGGGUGUUUUUGAGGCAGCAGACGAACCACAAACUGGAUGAAGAUGAAUUAUACGACAGGGAACGAGAGCAUCAUGUCAUACCUUUUACAGUGUGAGACUGACACCAGCCCGAAAGACUUGAACGUGGUGGCCGUUCUUCAUUCAUUCUGGGAGCAGAAGCAGAUGGCUCACCUGAAUGAUAAAUCCAGUGAAUCAGAUGCUUUUGGUGGGCAGUCGGCCAGGCAGGCAGAGCCCGUGCUGCUGUACGAGUCUGCAGCUACUCCCGGACCCCCGUACGUCUGCUACGUCACGCUUCCAGGAGGCAGCUGCUUUGGGAACUAUAAGGUGUGUGACACCCAAGCAGAAGCUCGCAGGGAUGCAGCUCGCGUGGCUCUCAUGAACUCGCUCGUGAACGAGCUUCCAUGUCGACGCAUCAACCCAGAGUUCAUCACACAAAGCCUGCAACAGGCAGCCAGAGAAAGUGCCGUGUCUGUGGACAAUGCGUCUGAUUCAAGUACCAGUUUAGGAACCUACAGUCUCCUGCUGAACUCCUACAUGGGAAAGACUAUGCUUGAGUUCCAGGAGAUGAUGACAAUUUUCCAGCUGCUGCACUGGAACGGGACACUGAAGGCCCUAAGGGAAAGACAGUGCUCUCGACAAAGUGUGAUUGCCUAUUACUCACAGCGGGGGCUUGAUGAGUAUAUGCGAAGCAGCAUGGCUCUGGAUUGGCUCGCACUAGAGCAGAGGUCACCGGGGCUUCUUGGAGCAGAGCUGCAGGUGGCACAGAGGAAGCUGGUGUUGGCCCGCCGUCGAGGCAUAGAACUACGCUUCUACAAGGAAAAGACAGAGAUCCUGAGCUUGGCUCUGAGUCAAGCAUACAUUCACCACUCACCAGAAGCUCUUAAAAUGGAGGCUGUGCGACCAAAGAAGACUAAAACAAAAACCAGCGGAAAGUCACAGCUGGUCAGGAAGCCGAAGCAUUCAGAAGAGGACAAAAAAACCACAGUUCCCUCAGAUGUCUGUGAUGAAGCCUCCAGCUCUUGUUUCAUGGACAUCCCCCUCAGCCUGCCUGAUGUUCCUCCUCCGGCUGCCAAGGACAAGGAGCAGAGUCCCAGUCAGGCCACAGAGACCACAGCACAACCAACACAACUGGCCUCUGUUAAGCAACAGACUCCCUCAGCACAGACCCCGUCUGCAUUAGAUUUAACUCAGACUCUCGAGUCUAGUCUGAAUUUGGCAGCGGUUGCACCACAGUUGGCUGCCAGUCUAACACAAUCGAACAAUGAGGAAGAGGAGGAUGGUGGUGUUAAAGCUCAAGGGAUGGAACUUAAAGUUGCACCACAGGUUAACACUGAUCUGCAGUUAUGGAAUCAGCCUAUUGUUGCACCUCAGUUUGAGAGACCGACUGCCCCUGCAUUGUACCCAUCUCUCCCUACACUGGAGGAGUGCAGCGUGAUACAGUUAUGUGAUGAAGGGGUGAAAAGUUGUGAAAAGGAACCUGCAGUGUUGGCACUUCCUGAGCAGGAAUCUUCUCCCCCAAGUCUGCAGCCUCUGGAGUCAAUAGCUGAGCUGUCAAGAAGCAAAUUGUACCCAGAAUUACCCAAAACAGCUCCAGAGAUGCAGGCAUUCUCACUGGAGCAGCUGAGUGUUUGGGAGCCAGGCGGAGGGCUGCGGGCAUGGCUGGAAGGUGUUGAGAUGUGUGGCGCCCAGUUUUGUGCUCUUGCCAGGCAGGAGAACCAUGAACUUACGGAACUGCUGCAGAACUACUGGCGCUGCCGCCGACAGCUGACCCAGUCACACACGCAGCUGCGCACGCAGUCCUCUGACUGCAAAAGCACACAGAAUCGCCUCUGGAGCUUCAGAGAUGAACAGCUCACACUUCAGGGAGUGUGUGCGGACCAGUCAAAGGUUUGUGGAUACCACCGUUUCCAGCAGGCGGAGUUUAAUGACGCUGUUCUGGCUGAACUGAGGCGAAUGCUUGAAGCGUGCAGUGAGCUUCUCCAUCAGAAAGUGGUGCUGCAUGCCUACACUGCUCUGCUGUCACGCCUGCAGGUGGAGUCAUACCUAUAUCGAUUACUUAAAGAUUACUCUGGUAGACACACGCAACCCUGUUCUCUCCAACCUCUGAAGGAGGCCAUAAGUGUCCUUUUUAGCUUCACACGUAGAGUCCUGGAUGACACACAGUUCCAGACAGACAUCCAUCAAUGGCUGGAGAGACUGGUGGCUGUCUUGCUUCAUGCUGGAGGGUCUGAGGAACACGUUUACCUGCUCUGCCAUCUUUUAUGUUGUCCUGCUGGGGUGGGAAAGUGGGCUGCACCCUUCAUCCAGAUUCAAGUUUUGGGAAACACUUACGGAGUUCAACAUUUCAUGAAGGCACUGGCAAUUUUAAUGUCUCCUGCCAGACACCGUGCAGAGUUUCUGGGUCACAUGAAGCCAUGUGAGAGCCAGAGCUCAACAGCAUCUGGACCUGAUUCUGGGAAUUGGACCCUUGUUGAUGAAGGAGGGGAAGAGGAUGAGGACCCAGAAAGCAGCUGGCUGCUGCUCUAUGAGGAAGAUCUCAUCUCCCUGCUGACUCAGUUCCCAUUCCAGCAGCUCUACUCGCACAUGCUGGGGAUGAGUAAGCUGGGUGUAUAUGAGCCGCAGGCCUGCUCCAGUCAGAAGAUGAUGCGCGUGUUUGGUUUCGCUUCCUCUCUCAUUGAAAUUCUCGCUGUUGGUCUUCAAACCUAUAACAGAGCACGAUAUAGGCAGCUGGUCAAACGAAUAGGACACAUCAUACGAGUAACCGUGUGUUAUGUCAGUGAUCACUGGGCCCAGUAUGUGAGUGUAACCGGUGGGUCCAACUCUCAUGUACACUCUCUGUCUCUGGACAAGCUGCAGCUGGAAUACGAUCAUCUCUUUCUCAGAGCUGUUUUACAUGUUCUCAGAAACAAACGGUUGGGCAUUUGGUUGUUCAUGUCCGAGAUGCCAUAUGGAACUUUGUCCAGCUCUAUGCUGUGGAAGGUCCUUUAUGUUAUGCAGUGUGCAGAGACAGCAGGGCUGGAAACGCUCAGCACUGCCGGUGACACUCAAUCCUGCAUUCAAGCUCUAAGGGAUCCAAAGCAUCAGGAGAGAUUUGAGCAGUGGCUGUGUGAGGUGAACAGCUCUGACGGCAUCUCCCUCCUCACAGCACUAGCACACAUGGCAACACCCACUCAGCACUCUGACCCUGCAUUCAUCACCACCAUAACUCUUCUGAUUUACCAGGUGUCUUAUGUGAGUGUUUCCACCAGAGAAACCUAUUCCAAGGUGGGGAGAGAGUUGCUGGCUGCCAUAGCUACAGCUCAUCCGUAUGUCAUCUCUGUGCUCAUUGAGAGAGUCAGAGAGACCAUAAAGUGUGUAGGAAUGGUUGCACUGUACCUGUGUAAAGAACUUCCUUUGAGUCUGUGGCAGCCAAGGACAGAGGAAAUAUGUGUGAUCGGAGCCUGGUUGCUCCUGCAUCCCUUGUCUGCAGUGGAGAACCGAUUAGCCUGUGUUAUCCUGGAGGGCCUGAACUGGGGUUACACACAGGAGGGCUCUUUGGUCCUGUCAUCGUUGCUGCACCGUGAGGUGGCUCUCCUGGUGGCUGAAGCCUAUCAGAAGUACCUUACAGAUAAACCGUACAGUGGCCUCAUAUCAGAGGGAAUCAAACAGGUGUCUUACCUUGCCAGUGUCCUUCGUUUGGGUGUGUCUCCUGAAGCAUCUUUCAGUCAGUGGGCGUGGCAACUGUUGCUAAGGCUAAAGCUCCAUGGAAAUGCUCAAAACCCCAAAGGAGCCUGGGUGGUGCCCACCAUGGCGUCCAACCCCCCACCAGAGUUGACACAUGCACCUAGCAUGCAUUCUGUGCUCAGGGCUGUAAAAGCAGGCAUCCCUAUUGGAUGCUACCUCUCCAUUGCCAUGACCACAGUGGGACACAGUCUGGAAAACUUUUGUACUGAGGGGGUUGGGCUGUUAAAAAGUCUGAUUCAGGCCCGCCACCUGAGAGCUGCGGUCCAUCUGCUGGAUAAUAUCCUACCACCCACCUACCCCCUAACCUUUUACUUGGUCAACAACUCUCAGUUUGUCAGUUGUGUCCAGUUAUUCUUACAGUGUGACAGCGUUUGUCCUCAAGGGGUGGCACAGCAGGUCACACAUCGAGUAGCUCCACUCCUGACUGGAACCAGUUAUGGAGACAAUGUGCGUCUGCUGAACAGCAUGAUUCAGAGCCACAUCGUGGAAAGUUCUUGGACUGGUCGCGUAGGAGCUGCCGCAGUGCUGGAGUUUUGGGUGGGAAUUCUGACUCAGCAGAACUUGUGGUACCGAGACAAAACAGUCCUGUUCCUCAUGGAUCAGAUUUGCUGUGCUGCCUUCACCCAGCACCAGGAAGAAUGUGUGCAGAAGCUCCUGUACCAGCAGCAUAAGAACGCCCUGGGUUACCAUGGAGAUCGGGGCCUGAUCUCUUCUCUGGUUGGCUGGAUUGCUGGAAAUGCGACACCGUCCUUCAUAGAGGGCCAGUCUCUUAGUGCAGAAGUUUGGUUUGCGUGGCUGGUGCUGAAUAUGGAGGGAACGUUUGAGGAAGAUUCUCAGCUGAGACGUUGUAUGGAGAACGAGCUACUUUCAGACUCUAACAUGACACCAGAUCAAGCCUUAAAGAAGGUGCAGCAGAGGCUGAAAUUGCCGGUAGCCCCAUCUCUGCAGCGACUGCAGGUGUAUCGCUGGGCAAGUCAGGCCAUAGCCACACCACCCGACCACCCCCUCCUUCCCCUCAUUUGGCAGAAGUUCCUGCAGCUUUACCUUAGACAGCCUGGACCAGAGUACGGACUUGCGGCAGCAGGGUGCAUCGGCCGAAGGUUUUUCCAAACCUCUUCUCAGACUGCUUUACUUAAGGACCUCAGGCAGAGAAUACAAGAGGUGUCCGACUUCCACCACGCUGCCAGCCAGGCUCUCAGGGUGCCCCCUCUGCACACACCCACAUCAGACACCCAGGGUGAUGAGAGUCCCGACAACUCCAGACCACCUUACCUCACCUCUCCUCAGCUGCACACAGAGAUGGUCAGGUUGUUUGGUGUGUUUGCUUUGUGGCUGGAUGAUGAGACUCUACAGAGGCAGGAAGUCUAUCUUCCUUCUCUUCCUCCAGAAUAUGAAGCUCACAGAUUGGCACAGGUCAUGCAGCAGCAGAAGGAACUAUGGCUGGAGUAUGUAGACCAGGAACGUCUGCGGUAUGAUGAAAUGGAGGUUUUGUCUCUGUGGGAAAAGGUGCAGAGUGAGCCAACAUUCCUGCUGACCCAGAGCAUGGAUUUCACUGACAACACCAGUCUGAACAAUGCACGAGAACGAAUCCUGUCCAACCUCCAGAAACAUCCAAUUCCUCAUCCACCUCCUGAGCUACAGGAGCUGAAGGUUCCAGUGGCUGAGGUCCCCUCCGCCUGUCUCACAGAUGCUAAAGCUGCAGCUCAACUGCUACAGCAGGAUCUCAGCAUUUUGCAAGAGCAGGCCAGGAUUGCAGUUGCACGUGAAGCCCAGCAGGUGGCAAUGGAGCAGGAGCUGCUGGAGAGCCUUCCUUUGCUGUUUAAGAAUCGACCGGAGCAAGUCAGCAUGGCCCUGGAGUGUAAAGGAAAGGGAGGGCAGCCGUGUCAGGGGCCCGCCAACAUCACAGUCACAUGUGAGCGCGUCCAGAGGCAGGACUCAGUGCACAACCAGAUAACGUCUCUGCGCAGGGACCUGAAGAAGCUUCAGACUGAUUCUAUGGCUCCUCCACCUCAAAGCCUGGCGGAGGCUGCUGUCCACACUGAGAACUUUAUCACGGCUCUUGUAAAUCUGUACAAAGCUCAGAAAUCUCUGGGGGUGCAGCAAGUUGGAGUGUCCGUUUUUUACCAGGUGGUGUCUUUUGUGUGCGAGGACACACUGCGACAUCCCCCUACGCGGCAGUAUCUCUCAUCAUGUGUGGAGAUUCUGGGACAGGUGUUUAUUCAGGGAAAUGCAGAGGAGUGUGGUCGUGUCCUGAAGACCAUCCUGGAGCAGAGGCGACUUUGUCCUCUGGUCUCCCCCUUCUUCACGCCCAACGCAGCACCCGAUCAGCUCGUCUUCCUUUACCAGGACGUGGUGACAUCCCUACACCUUGACAGCGCUGAUGUCAUUUUCAUGCUGCUCACCAAAUUCGAUUUGUCUCUGUGGCUGAAUGAGGCCCAUCCGGUCUUUUCAGAGAGAACUCGCUUGCUAGAGUUGGUACAUGGCGCCCUCUGCGUCUGUGGCCGAGAUCCUGAGCCUGAACUUCUCACACCUUUCCACCUUUUCACAAAGCACUGGACCAUGCUUGUAAGGAACCAUUUCCCAGACCAUUACAGCGACUGCCUACGUCUGCUCAUGAACAGUUCAUCAAAUCAGCUACUGAAUCCAGAGUGCUGGAAAGUGACCCUGCGAGUGCUCGGCUGCCUACCUCCAUCUCGCAGCUCCAAGAGCAAAGCUGAACAAUCCAUCAGCUCAGCAGCCGGACCCCCAGCCUCUUCUCACAGAGCCCCCAUAAGCCUCUCUCCACAGCAGGUGGAUGAAACAAUUGACUGGCUGAGUGACUUCUUCUUGAAGAGUCGUCUCAGUAAGCCAGACCUCCGCAGUUUUGGCCUCUACUCUGCUUGGACUCCAUACAUCGAUCACGUUGUUUCUUUCUGGGAACAUUUGAUUGGUUGCCUAAUCAAUGCACAGUUCAACGGUUGCGCAAGAGAGCCAGUUGGCAGCAGCAAAAUAAUGAAAGCUCUGCAGAACUUACACGGCAAACUAUUGAAGCUAUUUAAGCCAUGGAUCUUUCCUCUGGAUACAAAUGAAGGGGGCAAGUGCUACCCAUGGCUGGAGACAGACGCCAGUGCUGCGGGACGUCUCGUUGGUCUUUACACUCAGCUUACUGACACUCUACAUCACAAAUUCAGAGACCGUCUGCUGCCUGGUCAGAGGGGUGCUCUCUGGCUGUGUAUGAUGCAAUACUGCGAAAGCUGCACCUCUCCCCGCACACCCGAGUACCUGCUGUACCUGUACCACACACAUCUGCACAGCCUCCCCUGGAGACAUCUACACCCAGACACUCAGGUCAUGGAGCAGCUCUUCAAUGUAGAGAGAGGGAGUCCCAAGAGCUGCUUUCUGUUUAUGGGAGAACUGUUGUGUGACGUUAACUGGGUUAGCGUCCUGAGUGACCACUUACAGACACCCCCCAGCUCUGCCACCUAUCCAGCUCUACCAGACAGAUGUUCACAGAAGGAGGUGCACGCCAUGCUGGUCUAUCUGCUGUACAUGCUUGUUUUUUUGGCAAAGGAGGAGCAGCUUCUGAGUAAACAGGACUCCCCUCUGCUCAGUCUGCUGGUUCAGUCCACCUCCCUGGCCUGGCACCAACUGGACCUGUCUUCAUACCAGGGCAUUCUGGGAUAUGUCAGCACCCAUUACCCCCCCUCUCUGCUGCUCAGCGCUGAUUCGGCCCCUCAGCUGCUGUUGAAAUCCCUCCGUGGUGCGGCGGGACUGCAGCCCCGCCCCAGUGAGGCUCCACACCAGGAGGAGACGCUGAAGGCUGGAGCCUACGUGAGCUGGUGUGUGCAAUGUCUGGUGACACUGGAACAAGGAGGUGGCAUCAACCUCAGCGGCCUGGAAGCUCAGCUGGAAAUGCUCCUGGAGAGCGUUGUUACUUUCAACCCACCAGAGGUGGGUUUGGAGCAGAGGCACAUGGCCUUCUGCAGUCUCUUCAGCGACACGCUGGCGUUGCUCAACGGAGUGGGCGUGUCCACCGGUGAGGCGCUGGCCGCUCAUGUCAUCACCUGGCUGGACAGAAAGGGGAGGGGCUUUCCGAUUCUGCCCCUCCUCACCGCCUGCUCCCGCUGCCUCGCCUCUGUCCGACACAUGACGCGUAUUAUGGAGGCAUGCAUCACAGCACACUUCAACCAUGCUGAGGAGGAGACUGUAGGUUGGGGUCCUGUGUUGGCAUCCCUCCAGGUGCCUGAGCUCACAGUGGACGACUUCCUCUCCGAGAGCCAGUCAGGAGGGAGCUUCUUGACACUCUAUGCCUUCAUCUUGCAACGCCUCAACACCGAAUACACAGCGGCUAAUGAGAGGAGGACUUUGGGCCUCAUUAAUACAUGGACUACACAGGUGUUCCCCAGUGGUCCAGGGGAUGAAGCUAAACUGUUUCUCUGGUGGCACAAAGCGCUCAGUCUCUCUGUGGAGCAGCUGCAGCCACAGGCAGGCCAGAGCGAAGUGUCGGGAGUGGUCAUGGGUCUGGUGAGGUUGCAAACCAGGCUGCUCCAGCUGGGAGAAGAAAGACUGAACUCCGGGCUCCUGGGAGCUAUAGGUCUUGGGAAGAGAUCUCCCGUUUCUAAUAGGUUCAGGGUGGUGGUUCGGAGUCUGGCCGCUUUCUUGUCCAUCCAAGUGCCAUCAGAGACCGAGCUUCGACUCCAACCCACAUCUGACUUGCAGCUCUCUGCAAAAGCACAACAAAUGUUGGGGAUGUUGGAGGCCAUGCCCAGCAGCAAGCAGUAUGCUGAUUUAGAGGAUACUGUGAAUAAAGCUGUCCAGUUCAUCCGUUACCCAGGACACUGUCUCAAAGAUGGACCUCGGCUGCUGGCCCUGCUAAUCAACUUUCUAUACCCAGACCUCAGAUACCUGCAGGUCAUUCGUUAACUUUGAUUUUAAAGGCCAAAUGUCAGCAAUUAGAAGGACCUUUCACUCUGCUGGCAGAUACAGAGGCGGUAAACACAGGAAACAAAAACUACUGGAGUAAAACAUUUUCCACUCGUGACACAGAAACUCUUGUCUCUAUGGAGAUUCCAUCCACGAGGGCUUUGCAUGACAGAGAUGGACAUUGUGAAAAAUAUGGAUCCUGAAAUCAAAUCAAUCACAUGAUCUAAUCUCUCUCUUUUAGCACUUUAUUUUCUUCUUGUUCGUUUAGGCCUUGUUGCUUUUAAAUACGUUGCCUGUUGGUUUUCAGCUCCACAUAUCCUAGUCAUGAUUAGAAAGAUGGUUAUUAUAUUUAUUGAAGCAGAAUUCAUGAAUCAGAACUCAUCACUUCAGGUCUGAGUUUGCCACCUGCAUGUGGAAUCUAACAGGAAAAAGAUGAAGGGUUCACAGACUAUUUGAAAGAAGCUGAAGGACAGAUCUAAUAGUAGUAUCUUCUUACAAUGAGGUGGGCAGCAUACCAGGAAAACCGGUAGACAGUGUUAAUUAAGUAAUAUAAUUAUCUCGCCAGCAUAAAGCUAGAGUCUGAAAUAUCUCCAUUCUUGGUACUGUGCACAUACACAACAACACAGCAAAUGACUGAGUGAAGUGAUCUUGUUUGGUUAGAGAGCAUUUGAAAUUAUCGUUUAUAUUAAUCCAAAAAUGCUGUUCUUGUGUCUGCCAAAGAUGUUAUUUUCAUCUGCUCCAUUACUUUCUUAAACCACAUACACCACAGGCUCUAGCUGACUCAUUUGAUUCUGUUGUGUCCAUGAAGUGCAGUGUGGGAAAGCGCACACACACACUAUGAUACACCAGGUACACAGUGUGCCACACCAUUUGCUUUCCUUAUAAAGUGCUAUGUGCAGGCUAAGUCAGAUGUCUAAUGUUGCUGGAAUUUCUCAGAGAGGGAGGCGUGAUGCUGUUGCAGCUUGUGUAAAAGAGGACUUUUAUGAACUUGUUUAAGGAUAAAUGCAGAUUUUAGCCUGGAUGCACCACACAUCCUAGGCAGUUUUCAUAUUUGUUUCCUGUUCAACACUUCUGUUGCUUUGUGCCAUCUUAGUAAUAACGGAGCUGCACUUCAGCAGCCCUGGAGCUUGCCUUAUUGCUGGUGUUGCGUAAGAGCCGUAAACGUCAAAAGCUUUUCUUUUUUCUUUAUUUUUUUUUAAACAAACAACUGGUCUGGAAUGGCUCUUUAUGGCUGGUGCAGGAGAGGAGGUACAGAGCAAAGUAAAUAAAGUAGACUGAAAGUUUCCCCUCUGGUCUUUUAUCGGUUUAUUGCAAUGUUGUGAGAACUGUUUACAUGCAGCCCCUGUGACUGAUCUUCGCUCCCAGGACAAGUCAGCUGGAGACACACGAGUGUUAGAUUGAUUUGGUUGAAUGGAGCUUGUUAGGACAUCAAUGACACGAUGCGCUUCAGCCUCAACAACAGAACUAACUGGUGUUACAAUCGGAUUUGGGGGUUAAUGUGACAUUGCUGUUCGAGAAAGGUGUACUGACAAUCAUUAUUUUGGAUUAACAUUGAUUUGCAUCGACACCCUGCUGUUGCAAAACAAGAAACACGUGAUAAGAUGAGAUAAGAUGCUUUCUCAGAAGCGCUUGGGAGGGGGUUCUCAAAAUCCAAUUAUGUGCUUUUGUCUGCAUUUUUAUAUUCCGCUGCCUCAUUUGACACCAACACGUCUGCCAGGGAGAAACCUCUCCUCUGGCAACGGUGGUCUCUAUGGUUACAGGAUGGAUGAGAGAAAGGAGGUGCAAAGGGUGGUGUGAUCUGAAGCUGUGAGACAGGGGUAGUGGGACAUGCUUACAGACAUUAAUCCCUGCCUCCUCUUCGCUCUUAAAAACGGCUUUAGUCUUUUCCUCGAGCAGCUGCCUCUUGCUGAUCAAUCAACCUUCCUUCGUCUGUCGGUUCGGCUAGAAACCCUCCCAAGUGUUCUGUGUCC